AGAAGCUUUCACUACCCCAACUCAAACCCCACCUCAAAUAUCAGUUUAUAUCCUGCACUGUUACCAGUUUCUAGGCUUAUAAGAUGUCCAAGUACUUUGCUUUUUGUUUGGUGAUGCUUAAGCUUGCAAUGGCAUUUGCAAACACACCAAACUCCUUGAAAGAUGAAGCAUUUGUUGAAGUUUCUUUAAGUUUUGGCAUAUACCUAAACAUUUGCCCAGAAGCUGAGGCCAUUAUCUUUUCUUGGGUUGCAAAGGCAGUCUCAGAGGAUCCAAGAAUGGCAGCCUCGCUGCUACGUCUUCACUUCCAUGAUUGCUUUGUUAAUGGGUGUGAUGCUUCGGUGUUGCUGGAUGACACAGACAAUUUUGUUGGAGAGAAAACUGCAGCUCCAAACUUGAAUUCCUUGAGGGGGUUUGAAGUAAUAGACGCCAUCAAGUCUGAGCUAGAAGCUGUUUGUCCUCAAAUUGUUUCUUGUGCUGACAUUCUUGCAACUGCUGCCAGAGACUCUGUUAUUCUGUCAGGAGGACCCAGUUGGGAAGUCCAAACAGGAAGGAGGGACAGCUUGAGUGCAAGCAAAGAAGCAGCAAACAACAACAUCCCAGGCCCAAAUUCUACUGUGGCAACUCUUGUGGCCAAGUUUGAGAAUGUAGGCCUCUCGCUCAAUGAUAUGGUGGCCCUCUCGGGUGCACACACAAUAGGCAAAGCCCGAUGCUCAACAUUCAGUACUCGACUACAAGGAAUCAACCAAAAUGGUCCAGACGUCAAUCUGGAUUUCAUUGCCUCACUGCAACAGCUUUGUUCAGGAUCCGACAGCGCCACAACACUAGCACAUCUAGACCUCGUAACUCCAGCAACGUUCGAUAACCAAUACUAUGUUAACCUUAUUUCUGGAGAGGGAUUGCUUCAAUCUGACCAGGUUCUUUUUAGUGGUGAUGAACAAACUCGUCAAAUAGUGGAAACCUACGCAGAGGACCCAUUUGUCUUCUUUGAGGACUUCAAGAAUUCUAUGUUAAAAAUGGGAAGCAUAGGGGCACUAACAGGGUCAAGUGGUGAGAUACGCAGGAACUGUAGGACUAUCAAUUAAAUUUGGCUUAUUGAAGUAACCUCAUUAUGCAGAGGCAUCAUGGCAUGUCUAAUCUGUGCUACUACAGAUGCUUAUCUUAGUUUAUGGAAAUGGUAAUGAAAUAAAUAACUAGUUAUUUAGUUGUCUGCUA